AUAUAUUUUCGUGGGUCACAGUAAUGUACAAAGUGCAGUGUUGGUAACAACGUCAAAGUGAAUUCGUGCAGUGCAGCCCUUCAGUAAAAUGUUUUGGUCACACUUUUGUUUAUAAUAUAAUUUAUAGAAAAACACAAUCAAAUGGAUCAAAUUCUCUUUCCCACGCAACAGAAAAACAAUUCUCUUAGUGACAGUGACGAUGUAGAUCUCAAAUUCUUUAACACAACCACUGAAGACCGAAAAACCAGCGAGAGUGAUACAAACGACAAUGAAGAAGAUACCAAGGAAAAGGACAAGGAGACUGAAGGAGAGGCUAACAAAACAACAGAUGGAGAAAACGAUUCAGGUGAACCCGCGAGCAAGAAAUUAAAAACAAAAAAAGAGCUAGAGGAAGAGGAACGCGAACGUAUGCAAGUCUUGGUGUCCAACUUUACAGAGGAACAACUCGAUCGCUAUGAAAUGUAUCGUCGUUCGGCAUUUCCCAAGGCUGCUGUUAAGCGUUUAAUGCAAACCAUCACCGGUUGCUCUGUAUCCCAGAAUGUGGUCAUAGCCAUGUCCGGCAUAGCCAAAGUCUUUGUCGGGGAAGUGGUAGAGGAGGCCUUGGAUGUGAUGGAAGCACAAGGUGAGUCGGGUGCCUUGCAGCCCAAAUUUAUACGUGAGGCAGUGCGUCGAUUACGUACUAAAGGUCGCAUGCCCAUAGGACGAUAUCAACAACCAUAUUUUAGAUUAAAUUAAACUUGGAUAAGAAUAAAGAUUUUGUAGUUUCUAAGCAUAAGUUGUCAUCAGGUUUUCUCGUAAAAUAAACUAUGUGCAAAGGUUUUCA